AUGUCCAAGGUAUGCGAAUCCUGUGCCCCUGCUCAAUAUCAAAUCUCGGGCCGUGUUGCCAUUGUCACUGGCGCUGGCAGGGGCUGCGGCUUUGCCUUCGUCUCAGGACUCGCAGAAGCCGGUGCAGACGUGGCCAUUUUUGACGUGAUCGACCCCGAGCCCUCAGCAUUUGAGCAGCUCUCCUCGGCAAACGGGGUCAGGGCGAAGGCUUACAAAGUCGACGUCACAUCUUUGGAGAGUUUGGAGAAAGGUUUUGCCGCAGUCGCAGCCGACUUCGACGGCAAACUAGACAUCUUCGUGGCAUGCGCGGGAGUCAACAAGAACGUGGAGUUCCUGGACACCACAGAGGAAGACUUUGAUAGGCUUUACGGAGUCAACUGCAAGGGUCUGUACUUCUCGGCCAAGUUGGCCGCCAAGGCGAUGAUCGCGAACGGAACAAAGUGUGGCAGCAUCAUCUUCGUGGCCAGCAUUGCGUCGUACAUGGCGAUUCGUUCUCAGCGGUCCACUGCGUACUGCGGCACGAAGGGAGCUGUGAGAGCUAUGGUGGCCCCGAUCGCCGCCGAGCUGAAUGCUUAUGGCAUUCGCGUCAACUCGAUUAGCCCGGGAUAUGUGAGAACCGAGAUGACGGCACCUUUCCCACACCUUUUGGAGAGUUGGAAAGAUGAGAUCAUGAACGGUCGUGUUGCGGAGCCCGAUGACAUUAAGGGGGCUUGCGUCUUCCUGGCCAGCGACGCUAGCAGAUACUGCCAAGGAAGCGACAUAUUGGUGGAUGGAGGCGUUACUAAGUGGUAG